GCUCCAGUGAUGCUUGGCUCAGCAUGCGCACCAUCCAUGUUUCGUGAUGUUUCCCCAUGCACGUUGCAGGUAGCAAUGGUGAGGAGUCAGAGCCACACCAUGCGCCACUGCUGGCUAGACAUGCUCCACUUCCCCGUUUGCUGCUCCGAUGGGCCACUUGGUUCUUGGCGUUGCUAUUGCUACUCUUGGUCCCAUGGAGACCCAGCUUCUCCGGCCACCAGCUUCGACCAUCGGCUCCGAAUCCGCUCACCAUCCAGUUGAGUAGUCCAGAAAUGUCCACGAGCCUUUGUGUGGUGAAUGUCGCACAGAUCGUGGCCAGGCUUUCCAAUCAGGGCGCUUUGAUCAAUACGCUGGUGAACGUGUGUGAUUACAAGGCCAUUCGAAGGCGUCGAAGAGGCCCAGUGACGGAGGAGGAGAAGCAGAGAUGUGCCAACUUCCUCAUGCUCACCAUCAUCAACACUGAUUUGAUUGCUGGUCUCAUCACUGCCUCACUGACCGCUUGCUCUCAAUCUCUGAAUGUACCAGCAAAUUGUGCAACCAACAUUGCGUCAAUGGUGGGUAUGACGGUAUUGUUGGCACAGGCUGGUUUGCAAAUCGAACUGGAUUGCGUUGACAAUCGCAACAUCUCACAAAAGGUGGAUGCGGCAGCGGCUGAAUUGGAGGACAUCAAACUGGAUGUUAAGAGGAGCGCCUAUGAAUUCCUGGCUGACCACGGAGUCCGCACUGGGGUUCUCCCUGCAUCACCAGCAGUACCAAAGAACACGGUUUAUUCAAACACCGCACUGUGUUUCGGUUGUAUCACUUUGAUCGGUAGCUUUACCAUGAGACUAGGAGUAGUCUUGGCAGAUGCCGUGAGCACCUGCCCUCACACCGAGGGAAUUGGACCCAAAGACUGCGCGCUUGAUAUGAUGAGCGUCUUAGGUUUGCUUUCAGUGAUCAUCCGCUUCUCAGGGCUUGCCUCAAACGCCUGUGUGGCCAUCGUCGGUGAUUCCAAUCCCACCGGUCAGUGCGUGGUGGCCAGUUCCUCCAUCCCGGCCGCAGCCUUUUCUUUGACCGCUGCGGCGGGAAACGUGGAGGCGGCGUGCAACUUGGACGGCUGGGAUCCGGCCCAAUGGCCCUUGCAAAAGCAGACAGGUGAACUCCUGGAUAAUGGAGAUGUGAUUCUGCCAAUUGUGUAAAAUGACAUGAUUGGACAGUGAUAGGUUUUUUGUGAUUCAUAGCUUCGAUGCUGAGAGAUUCUAGUGGAUUCUAGUGCAUGUGCUUUCCCAUACUGUGCGGUGAAGACAUGCUUCACAAUAUUGCCUUGAAAUGCAAUCUCAGCAACAGGCUGCAGCAAUUGUUGUUCAGCAUGUGCUAAAAUACCAGCCACCAUUGGAAUAUCAAACAUGAGUUUUUGUCCGCAUGCCGCAUACCUGUGUGUGUGUGUCUUUGGGUUGCUUUUCACCCCGCCACUGUAAGAAACAUGUGGCGGGCGCCGUCUAGCACGCGGAGCGCGCCGACCAAA